CCACUGUACUUGGAAGAAAAGCUCAUCGAUUUUCAAGAAUGGCCUUGAAACGGGCAUCUCCAUUACCUUUUUCUCCGUCAGUGACUUGUCGCAUUAGAACAAUAACUUGGGCUUCGGCUCUACUUCUCUGCUUGUUGUCCAAGCAUCCGAUUGCGGCGGAUCCAUCUUCCUUCAAAUCUGGAAAUUCAACCGCGGCUCCGAAAUCGGCAAUCGGCGGCUGCAUCCAUCUUGUUCUGCCGCCAAAUCCGCCGGUUGCAUUUCGAUCUUCUAGUUGUUAAUUUAUUGUGUUUCUAGCUGUACAAAUGGAUAAAGUAAGCGAUAGCUCCAACAAAUGGGCAGAAGAUAUCUAUUGGAGCCAUUUUCAGUUCACCCACUUCUAUCAAAUUCUUGCCGGUGGUAGUGAACAGAAACUUGUACUUCCGAACAAAUUUGUAAACAAUUUGAAAAAGAAACUUCCAUCAACUGUGACUCUUAAAGGUCCUAGUGGUGCCACAUGGGAUGUGGGAUUGUCUGCCAAUGAUGAUAAAUUGUAUUUCAAACACGGCUGGCAAGAGUUUGUGAAGGCUCAUUCUCUGGAGCAGAAUGAUCUUUUAGUUUUUAGGUACAACGGAGCGUCACAGUUUGACGUUUUAGUAUUUGAUUGGAAGAGCUUUUGUGAGAAGGAAGCAUCGUAUUUCGUAAAAAUCUGCGAGCAUACAAAUAGCGACACUGGACACAAGGCUAAGAGGAAGUUUGGAGAACCCACUUUAGAUAGUUUUGAUGUUGAUGCUAACAAUGGUGCUGAAUGUGCUUCCUCCGAAAAUAAUUUGCACGAUGACAGUAUGGAACGUAUGAUACAGGACGUCGUGUCCAAAGCUACAAAUUUGAAUGGUCAACCUGAGGUUUUUUCAGCUCAGCCUAUACGAACAAUACGUACUAGAAGAAGGAAAGAAACUCCAAAAAGUGCAGCAGUUAUGACACCCACCCCUGCUCCGGUUCAGUUAUCAGAUUCCGACGAGGAAGCUACUCCCGUUAAGAAAAUCGGGUCAUAUGCCGAGCAAUACCUAUCCAAUCGGAGGGCUAUUACGGAAGAGGACAAGAACAAUGCCCUGAAGUUGGCAGAAGCAGCAUCAAGCAAUGCUGGUUUCAAAGUUAUCAUGCGACCUUCACAUGUAUACAGGAGAUUCUACCUGUUUAUCCCCACUCAAUGGGUUACAAAAAAUCUCUCCCUUUGCAACCAAGACGUAAUACUGCGUCUCGGAAACAACGAAUGGCCAGCCAAAUUCAGCUUUACCGCAAGUCGUCAAUGUGGUGGCCUUACAAGUGGAUGGAAACAUUUCGCUAUAGAUAACAAUUUAGAAGAAUUCGAUGUCUGCGUCUUUGAGCCUGUCCCUAAAACAAGUGGUCCUGUGGUCCUGGAGGUCAGAAUCUUCCGUGUUGUCGAAGAUGUUAUCCCUCUUACUCGUGUGUCGGCUAAGAGCAACAGGAAGCUAAUCAAAGCCAACUAAAGCUUAAUUUGUGGCAAGUUCCCAAAUUAUCUAGUACCUUAUGCUAAGACCCAUGAUUUGAUAUCUGUUUAAUAUUGUAGGUAAUCACUCUGUUAUAACAUAUGAUGUUCUGUGGCAGUGACUUAUCCCUGCGAACAUAUUGUCGAUGAUGCCACGCUAGUCCGAACUUUGUCAUAUACGAGUAGAAUAUCCUGUUUAUAAGAGUUUCUAAGCUUCAUUCACA